AUGAGGACUCCCUUUCCAUUAAAAAAAAAUCAGGUAGCUAUCUUUUUGGAGUUUCUUUCUUCUCUCCCUCUCUUUUCUGCCUUUUGGCACCGCUUGAUUUUCUUUCACAAUCACUUACGCUGUCGCCAGCGCACAUGUUCGUCACCUGAGACGUUUUCUUGUUCGGAAAAUUUGUUCGCUAACCGAUUUGUUCGUGAUCAUAUGUUCGUAACCCGAGGUACUGUUCCAUUUCUUACCUACUUUUCUUUUCUUUUUCUCAUUUUUUCCUACAUAAAACAUCGUUUAUCCUACCUAAUGUUAUCUCUCUUUCUUUUAUUUUAUUCUAACAACUUUAAUUCUUACCCAACUCCUUUGUUUCCCCCCACCGUUCUUAACAAUAAAGCCAACCUCUCCAUCACCCAGAAACUCCAUCCGCCCGCUAUGCCUGCUUUCAUCCACAUCCUUUCAAUUGGUCCCUUAUCUUUCUUUUUUUUUCUUCUCCGCAUUCUUCCACUGAUUCGUUUCGCACAACGACCGCCAUCGCUGCCAUUUUCUCACUUCUCUCUUUCUUCUCCAUUUUCUUUGCGCCUCUCUUUUGAAUAUUGUGCGCAUUAA